UCCCAGCAACAUUUGAAGGCGGGCGUAUUUGAAAGAAUCGGCCUUGCCGCCCCCAAACUCGCGAACAUGAAUGAAACAUGUUUGGGCCGCGGCAACGGAAAGAUAGAGUGUCGAAUAUUCUUCUGAAUUCAGAAAAGUCCGUUGGUUAAACCUAUAAUAACAUCCCAAAUUAGCAAAACAAAAAAAACCACAAAAUAUAUCACCUACAAAAAUAUUAUCAUACAAAAAAUCUAUGUGUAUGAAUACAGUUUCGGAAUAGCUGAUCCAAAUCCAAACGUUGUACGUGUGCGGCAAAGGCGAAUGCCAAGAAAUUAACGGAAAUCCCACGAAAAUAACCGCUCUUACUAAAAGAAGUGUCAUGUGUGUGUUUAUAGGAAAGUGCUCUUAGUAGUAGGGAUUACUAGGCCUUAAACUCUUUGUGAGAAUAACAAUCGGAAGAAUCCCAUAAAGCCGCCUGUAAGUUUGUUUUGUGGCUGUGUGUGCGAGUUCUAUGUAAAACAACAAAAAUACAAAGUGUUAAAUGUAAAUAAUAUUUGUGUUUCGUUUUCGUGAUAUGCCCAUACGUUGGGAGAUCCAUUUCCGUCUUCAACGUGCAAUAAAAUAAAACCACGGCAGACAACACAUUGAAGUAAAUACCAAUCAUCCUAUUGGUUUUUAGUACCUUGUGGAUUAUGUAAUUAUCAUGCAUUUGGGCAACAUGAAGGCUUGGCCAUGUGGUCAGACGCAGCCUGUGAAACAAUCAAUCGCUCGUAGGAAGUACAUGUAACAUGCACCGCUUGAAUGCCACACCGCAGCAGCCACAGCCACAGAAGAUUCCCAGCCACAUUUUGUUGCAACAACAGCUGGCUGCCGCUGCCACUGCCUCUACCACACUCCCUCCAUCCAACAGCCAUAGCCAUGCAACUGCCGCCCCCGCCCUGACCUUGCAUGCGGCCAGUGCAGCGACAAAAACAGCAGUGACCGCCGCAGAUGAAAAGCUGAGGCCUACUGCCACACCCACUACGCCCACUACAAUUAAAAUAGAGCCCAUGCCUGACGUCAUAGCCCUGACCAGCGGCACAGCAGGCGGAGGAGGAGUGCCUGGAGCUGGAACCCCCACACCCAACAGCAAGACAACAGCAGCGGCGGCGGGAGCUUCGACCUCUGCUGCAGCUGCGGCUGCCAACGGACAUUUGGUGCUGGCCCCCAGCAAGCGGCAACGCCUGGAUGCUCCUGAAGAUUGGAUGACCACCACCAGUCCGGGCAGUGUGCCCAGCUCUGCCCCGCCGCUGUCACCGUCCCCCGGCUCGCAGAAUCACAGCUACAACAUGUCCAAUGGCUAUGCAUCGCCAAUGUCCGCCGGAAGCUACGAUCCCUACAGUCCCAAUGGCAAAACAGGUGAGUGUUAAGUUGCAAAGAGAAAG